AUAGCGGAAUAAAGCCUUUUCCCAACUGCGUAGCGGCAUCUUCUGUUGUGUACCAGACGGAUAGACAAACCUUACUAUGGCAGAUGUUACGACUCAAGAAGAAGAGAUAAAGCUGGAGGAGACGGUUGAAUCUAUUAAAUCUGAAACUGACGAAACAUCCCAAGAAACACCAAAUGGCGUGAAAACAGACAAUGAAGAAAAUAAGCUCAACACAGAAAAAAAUGAUGCUAAAGAAAAGCCUGGCAGCAGAAGAGGAGGAGCCCGCUAUCAUCCCUACAAAGACAAGCAUGGUGGAGAAAAGAAGAGUUCUCAUAGGAACCGGGUGUUCAUCAGCAACAUCCCAUAUGACAUGAAGUGGCAGGCAAUCAAAGACCUAAUGCGAGAAAAAGUUGGUGAGGUUACAUACGUGGAGCUCUUUAAGGAUGCUGAAGGAAAGUCAAGGGGUUGUGGUGUUGUGGAGUUCAAAGAUGAUGAGUUUGUGAAGAAAGCAGUCUUGACAAUGAACAAGCAUGACCUGAAUGGAAGACCACUCAACAUAAAAGAGGACCCUGACGGGGAGCAUGCUCGGCGUGCGUUACAGCGCAUAGGAGGUGGACAGGGAGGUCGUGGACAGGAUAUGGGACCUGGAGGGAUGAACCUCCCUCCUUCCAUUGCAAACAACCCUAAUAUCCCACCUGAGGUUAUCCAUGGUCUGCAGGCUGGAAGACUUGGCAACACAGUGUUUGUUGCUAAUUUGGAUUUCAAGGUGGGCUGGAAGAAGUUAAAGGAGGUGUUUGGCAUGGCAGGUGUGGUGAAACGAGCAGAUGUGAAGGAGGAUAAAGAUGGCAAGAGUCGUGGGAUGGGAACCGUGACCUUUGAUCAGCCACUAGAAGCUGUGCAGGCUAUUUCUAUGUUUAAUGGACAGAUGCUCUUCGACAGGCAGAUGCAUGUUAAAAUGGAUGAAAAGUCUCUCCCUCCUGAUGAUUUCCCUCCCAUUGAGAAAGCCCCGCAGUUACCACGGGGUCUGGGUGGUAUUGGCAUGGGUCUCGGGCCAGGAGGCCAGCCCAUAAAUGCAAACCGUCUGAGUGGAGGUGGAGGGAUGGGGUCUAUGGGACCUGGAGGUAUGGAUGCUUCUGGUUAUGGUGGGAUGAACAGACUCAGCGGAGGAGGUGGAGGCGGCUUUGGAGGCAUGGAUAACAUGAACAACAUGGGUGGCUUUGGAGGCCGAGACAUGGCACCAUCUGGCAGAAUGGGAGAUAUGUACCGACAGGGAAUGGGUGGGAUGGAUCGAGACUUUGGCCACAACGACAUGCCGAUGAAUCGAGGAUUUGCAGAUUCCUUUGGAGGGAUGAGUGGAGGUUUCAGUGGCGGCAUGGGCGGUGGUGGCAUGGGCCACAUGGGAGCUGGACUAGGUGGGGGCAUGGGUAACAUGGGGAUGGACCGGAUGGGCUCUGGCUUUGACCGUCUUGGCAUGUCAGGAAUGGACAUGAACCGUGGCUUUGGCGGCUAUGGGGGUGGAGUAUCGGGGCACAUGGGUGGAGGCAUGUCUGACCGAGGUUCUGGGCCCAAAGCAGGAUGUCAAAUUUUUGUGCGAAAUCUCUCUUAUGAUCUGACAUGGCAGAAGCUGAAAGAGAAGUUCAGUCAUUGUGGUCAGGUAAUGUUUGCAGAAAUCAAGAUGGAGAAUGGCCGGUCAAAGGGAUGCGGAACCGUCAGAUUUGAUUCUCCGGAGAGCGCUGAGAAGGCCUGCAGGUUGAUGAACGGAACCAAGAUCAAUGGUCGUGAGGUGGACGUCCGCAUCGACCGCAAUGCCUAAAGAUUUUGUAAAAGCUCAAAGAAUCACACUAAUCUAUCCAGCUUCCCUGCCUUUUUCUUUUGUUUUGUUUUAAAAACACAAUGACUUGACAUCCCCACGUUGUCAUUUUUUGUUAGCAAUUUUAUCUGUGUUUUGUGUUUUGUAAAC